GAGAAGAAUCAAAAGAAGUGGGAGAGCCAAUAAACAUGCAGUUAGCAACAAGAUGGACGAAAAUUAUGAUGGAAGGAUUGGGGAAAGAACCUCGUGAUAAAAUAUUAAACAAGUUCUUAACUCCGUCCAACUUCAAAGCUGUUAUAGCUCCUCAAAUGAAUCCAGAGAUAAAAGCAUCAUUGUCAGAAAUACUAAUUAAGAGAGAUAAACGUUUGGUAAAUAGACAAAAUAUGACGGGAAAAAUAAUGACAGGAAUCGGGUUGGUACUGACAAAUAUCAUCAAAGGGAAUAUAAAUACAAGAGAUAUAGUGGAACAAUUAAGUGACACUGCAAAGAUAGCAGCAGAAAUAUUCUACGAGGACUCGGCUGCAAGAAGAUAUUUUGCAUUGUCAGGGGCAACCAUAGUACUGAAAGAAGCAUUGAAGAAUGCAAAGACAGAUGAAUUGUUAUUUGGAAAGGACUGUCCCGAGAACAUCAAAACAGCACAGACCGUCCAAAGAACAGGAGCUCAGAUAAAAGCGGUAGAGAAGAAAAAGACAGUCCCAAAAAAGGGAAACUGGAAGAGUCCACUGCAAGUUCAACAUCUCAAUCGCAGUGGGCAGAAUUAUCGAGUACAACCCAACAAACAGAAAUAUCGUCCCAGUCAGCCACUACGGAGGAGGACUCAACACACGGGAGCCCCACCAGCUCAGACAAGGAGGAACUACCGUCAUUAGAGGAAGUCUCAUCCUCUCCAUCGGCAGCUUACCCUGGCAGCAGGGCUGUUGUCAGCGAAGCAUACAUAAGACGUGGGACCCCAACUUCAGCUCUUCAGAUCAUGUUAAAUUCACUCUCGGGAAAUACAAUGAAACAAUACGACUCAACCCUAAGAUUAUGGUGGGAAUAUUGCAGGACCCUUGAUAUAGAUCCAUACCAAGCUUCAGUCCCCUUUAUCCUUAAAUUUUUAAGCGAACGUUUCGAUGCGGGCGCAUCGUAUGGUACAUUAAACGCAGCCAGAUCGGCCUUAUCCCUUUUAAUUGGUCCAAAAGUAGGGUGUGAUGAUAGGUUAAAGCGAUUCUUUAAGGGAGUGUUCAGGUUGAAACCCCCAAAACCAAAAUAUAAUGUUACAUGGGAUCCGGGCUUAGUUCUAGAUUAUUUAGCACUACAAUACCCAAAUGAGUCCAUUGAUAUUGAAUUAUUAACCAAGAAGUUAGUCACUAUAUUAGCACUUACAACAGGCCACAGGGUACAAACCUUAUCACAUAUUAAGUUACAAAAUAUUAAAUUUAAUUCAUCUGGGGUACAGAUUAAAAUACCGGAUUUAAUAAAAACUUCAAAUAAAAAUAUACUUCAACCGAUUUUACAGCUUAAAAUUUAUACAUGUAAAUUAGAAAUAUGCCCAGUGAAUACAUUAAAAUCAUAUAUUAGGAGAACAGAACAAUUCAGACACAAUACUGAACAAUUACUCUUAACAAUUAAGAAACCAUAUUGAGCGGCUUCAUCGCAGACCUUAAGCCGAUGGAUCAAAUCUACUCUGAGUAAGGCAGGAAUAGAUAUGUCUAUUUUUACAGCACACAGCACUAGACAUGCUGCGACCUCUGCCGCGAACCGGGCAGGUUUAAGUAUGGACCUCAUAAGGAAGACAGCGGGUUGGUCAAAAAAUUCGGAAACCUUUGCAAGGUUUUACAAUAGACCUCUCUCAGAAGAUCCAUUAUUAUUCAGUAGUACCGUUUGCAACACAUCACAUGUUAAUUGAUUUUAUUAAUUAAGAAUAAAACAGAUUAGUGAUUAAAGAUUGUAAGCAGAAUUACUUUAAUUGUUUUUAAUAUACAUUGUUAAAAAUUGCAUAAUAGUACUUUCAUUCACAACCCAGUCUUUAAACAUCUACAUUGUAAUAAUAUCUCGGACAAGGAGAGAGUAUAAUUAGGUGAUUAAACGAACUUACCUUAAGUGAAGUUCAAUCACAAUUAUACGAAGCUCCUUGUCCGAGACUAUACUCCCACCCGUCCCUUAAAACCCAUAAGCAAGGGUUGUUCAUGAAAGGGCUUUAAACUAAUGAAGUUGACUUGGUAUGUUGACAGAGACUAUAUCCAUAAACAACACAUUUCUUUUUUUUUGUGGUUGGAGCUUGGAACCUUGUGAUGGCUACGACGACGAAAAGCGUAGACUACAUUGUAAUAAUAUCUCGGACAAGGAGCUUCGUAUAAUUGUGAUUGAACUUCACUUAAGCGUGGCAGAGCGCGGCUCCGAUCGCGGGCCCGGCAAGAAGCCGCACCGGCCCGGCCCGCACGAGCCGCUGCUACUCGACGGAGACGCGCCACCAACGUUGGAGGAAAUUCAGAGUUGGGGCCAGUCUUUUGAUCGUCUCAUGCGCAGUGCAGCCGGGCGCAAGGUGUUCCGUGAGUUCCUGCGCGUCGAGUACUCCGAGGAGAAUAUUAUGUUCUGGCUGGCGUGCGAAGAGUUGAAGCGCGAGACCGACCCUGACGCGAUUGAGGAGAAGGCGCGAUUCAUCUACGAGGAUUAUAUCUCUAUUUUAUCUCCCAAGGAGGUGUCCCUGGACUCUCGGGUUCGCGAGACGGUGAACCGGAACAUGGUGGAGCCGACGCCGCACACGUUUGACGAGGCACAGCUGCAGAUCUACACUCUGAUGCACCGCGACUCGUACCCGCGCUUCGUCAACUCCCCACUAUACAAGGCGCUCACGCGGAUGACCGCGGGCUCCCCCGCCGCCCCCGCCACCACCCCCGCCGCCCCGGCCGACGCCGCCGCCACCGCCACUGACGCACAGUGACGCCGGCCCGCCUCGUGCAAUAAACGCGAACCUUGUGACUUGUUUUCUGUACAUAGUUUCACAAUAUGUUGAUUAUGUCUACACGGGUACUAAUUUUGUAUAUAGUUAGUUUGUAUAAGAAGAGCAUGGAGGCGCGCGCGGUCGCCGCGGCAACUUCGCUGGUCCACCGCCGCUUGCGCCUCGCUCGUUUCUCCCUCUCCCUCCCAUUCCAUCGACCCUUUCCUCUCUCGCCUUCCACCCUUAACCCUCGUAUUCCUAUCUCUGCACGGCGCAUACUAGCGUCUCUAGUUAGAAGCAAUAAAGGUGGACCAAUUAAGUUUGCCAUUAAAUUCAACGAAAUAAAAAUUCUUCAGCUAUACUGUGUAUUAUUACAUCUUGACAUAAAUUUAAACGUUUUUUACUUCCAAAAAUUGAAUUUAUCAUUUCACUGUAAUUUAAUCCAGGGAAAAUACAUUGUUUCUCAAUUUCGGUCUACAUAUUAUUAUGUGUUAAAUAAUAAAUUUUUAU